AUGGAGCCCUACGAGGAUGAUAAUGCCGGUGUUGAGGAACACGAGAAAGAGCAGGAACACACCAACGAGAAGAUUAUCAACGAAGAAUACAAAACAUGGAAGAAAAAUGCGCCGUUUCUCUAUGACAUGAUUCUGAGCACGGCGCUAGAAUGGCCAACGCUCACCACCCAGUGGCUGCCAGACAAGCAAGAAGUGCCAGACAAGCCUUACUCAACUCAUCGCCUGUUGUUGGGCACGCAUACCACGGGAGAUGCGCCGAACUACCUCCAGAUUGCCCAUGUGCAGCUGCCGAAUCCCAAUGUUCCCAACCCAGAUGAUUACGAUGAAGACAAAGGUGAGAUUGGGGGCUAUGGCGGAGCUUCCAAGAAGCCUCAGAUGGAAAUCAAGUUCGAAAUUGUUCAGAAGAUCGACCACAAAGGUGAGGUCAACAAGGCCCGGUACCAGCUACAGAAUCCCAACAUCAUCGCGACAAUGUGUACGGAUGGGCGGGUGAUGAUCUGGGAUCGCUCGAAGCACCCCAGCUUGCCGACCGGCACCGUCAACCCCCAGAUGGAGCUUUUGGGCCAUGAAUGCGAAGGAUUCGGUCUCAGCUGGAACCCUCAUGAGGCUGGUCAUCUCGCUACGGGUAGCGAGGAUAAGACUGUCCGCCUCUGGGACCUCACCACCUACACUAAAGGCAACAAGGCCGUUCGCCCAACCCGCACCUACACGCACCACUCCUCCAUCGUCAACGAUGUGCAGCACCAUCCCCUCCACUCGGCUCUCAUAGGAACCGUCUCCGAUGACAUUACCCUCCAAAUUCUCGACACCCGUGCCGCAGACACCACACGCGCAGCUGCUUCGGCGGAGGGUCAGCACCGCGACGCGAUUAACUCCAUCUCCUUCAACCCAGCGGCCGAGACCAUUCUGGCCACCGGUUCGGCCGACAAGUCCAUUGGGAUAUGGGAUCUGCGCAACUUGAAGACGAAGCUGCAUUCGUUAGAAGGUCACACCGAUUCCGUGCAGUCCAUCUCGUGGCAUCCAUUUGAGGAGUCCGUACUGGCCAGCUCCAGCUACGAUCGGAAAAUCAUGUUCUGGGACCUCAGCCGGGCGGGUGAGGAGCAGACCCCCGAAGAUGCACAGGACGGACCGCCAGAGCUCCUUUUCAUGCACGGCGGACACACUAACCGCAUUUCCGACUUCAGCUGGAACCUCAGCGAUCCGUGGGUUCUCUGCUCGGCUGCCGAGGACAACCUGUUGCAGGUGUGGAAGGUGGCGGAUGCGAUUGUAGGCAAGGACCUGGAAGACGUACCGACGGAGGAGCUGGAGUCGUAA